GAGGAGGAGCGCAGCCGGAGCAAAACCACCUCGGUGCGUCAGUAUGCGCUUAUAGCAAGCAUGGCAGGCGACAGCGAGACUAGGCUGGACAGUCAAGCCGAGAACGAGAAUGUUACACGGCAACCUUUCCUCAUCGGGGUAGCCGGAGGGACUGCCAGCGGCAAGGUUGGCAUUAUGAUUUUUAUGAAUUAGAAAUGUCCUGUUUUUCUAGCCUAUAAACAGUGACAGGGAAUUGUCAACGUGGUUGAAAUAUGAGAACGCACUGACCGCGUGGUUCAUGAUAGACCAAUGAAUGAAUGUCACAUUUGUUCCAUCAAAGCUAGUUUGUUCUUUAAUAAUUUCAGGAAAAACAUUUAAAUUGUUUAAGAUUAUAGGUAUAGGCCACUGCUUGGCAAGAAUUUAGCCCACUUAUGCGCCUGUAGAGAACUGUCCUAAUAGCCCUAUCAAUUAGUGUACAAAUAAUUCAACAUUUCCACAAACCUCCGGGAAACAUGGAUUUCACGAUGAAUCUAUUCUGACUAGGCAUAUUUAAAUUCAGAAAGGGCAUUUAUGACAACCCAGACAGAAAAUCAAUACUUUGCUAAACAAAGAUGGCUCCUUUUAUCCUGUCAUUUAGGCUAUAUUCUCUUUACAUAUCAUUUCAAUGUAGGCUAUACAAUGUUCUAUAACUAAUCGGCCUAUCUAAAAUAUAGGCCAGCCUUACAGCACCUUUUGUUAAGAGGCAUGUUACAGCUGUCUGGCAAAUGCUGCUGCUCCUCAUUCCAUCCGAUGGAAUGCUGGAUGGCUGUCAUUCUCGCUCUACAAUGUAACAAGAAAGAAAAACAAGUAGCAACAAUUUAUCUGUAAUGUUUCAAAGAACUCUUCGCUCGGAGACAGUGACCAUCGUGGGGGUGGGGGAACCUAACGGAAAUCUUAACAGUUUAUGUGAGCGAUCGAAGGACAAAGCCGGUGUCUCCUCCAGACAAUAUCUUGGCGGUGACAUUCACAUACAAUCCAAUCCGAACUAAUUGUUUUUUAUUCAUAAGAGCCAUACAGUUAUUGAUCCAACCAAUUGUUAUUGUUUGACUGCGUCAACAAGACCAGCUGAAAACACUGCAUAUCCGCCAUAAUACACUAGAAUGGGGUCAGUGGCACAGUAAUAUGUGUAACAGCCAAUGAUGUAUAUAAACACUAGAUUGCUGAUGCUAUGUAUUGGCCAAUGAGAGGUUUUGAAGCCACCGGUCUGCCAUAUUGGUAUUCCUGAGAAGACUCAGUCCUCCAUAGAUUACCACAGUAGUCAUAAUACCCAUAAAACAUAGCGGUCAAACAGGGAAAUGGUUCCAAUCGUUUUUCCACCAUUCAUUUUUCCUAUAGGGAUUUUAGAAACACUUAAAAUAAGGGCUAUGUUUCAUGUAGGCUUACCCUGGCGUGACGUUUUGAUAACCAUGUAAAUCACUCAUGGACAAGGUGAAUUUUGUCAAUAUAUUAUCAAUAUAUAAUACACACCCAACAAAUGAAAUGCUAAUUAGCUGCUAAUGUGGCUAUCAUAAAGAACUACACAUGUCAUGAUGAUCUGAACCAGCCUGCCGAAUCGAGGCAAAGGUCAGAAUUACUGGAUUAACUAUCUAAUGUUAGCUAAAUGUAGUAAUGAAUAAAUUGGCUACAUUUAAAUGGACAAUUCAUCUGGGGCGGCAGGUAGCUUAGUGGUUAAGAGCGUUGUGCCAGUAACCGAAAGGUCGCUGGUUCUAAUCCCUGAGCCGACUAGGUGAAAAAUCUGUCGAUGUGCCCUUGAGCAAGGCACUUAACCCUAAUUGCUCCUGUAAGUCGCUCUGGAUAAGAGCGUCUGCUAAAUGACCCCCCCCCCCCAAAAAAAAAUGUAUUGUGCAAGUUUUAAAUUGACCCAAUACCUGUUAGCAAAGGUGUCAGCUAGAGAUGACAUGCAGGAGCAUUUAGGGAUUUGUAGUUUUGCAUGAUGUCUACUUUAAUGCUAAUUAUCAUUUUCGAAUCAGAAUAAAUAGAGCCUAAUAUAUUGAUAAAAGUCACCUUGUCCGAGAGAGAUUUACAUGGUUAUCAAAAUGUCAUGCCAGGGUAAGCCUACACGAAACACAGACCUUAUUUUAAGUGUUUCUAAAAUCCCCUAUGGGAAAAAUGAAUGGUGGAAAAACAAUUGGAACCAUUUCCCUGUUUGACCGCUAAUUGAAAUACUGUAGAAUUCCAUUCAUUCCUAUAGAGCCCCACAGUGGAAGUGUCAUAAUACCAAUAAAACCUAGAGGUCAAACAGGGAAAUGGUUUUGUUGUAGUGGGUACAGUAACAUUAGCAGGCCUACUCUCUAAAAAAUCUACUUUAAGGAAAAUGUCUUUCUAUAUUCUUAUUUUUUAUUCCUAUGUUUAGCUCACAUAAUAUAAUUUUAAAAGUAUAUGCAUUAAGGUGACUGUAAUAGAAUAAACGUGGCAAAAACUAAUGUAGACAUUAAUAAAUGCAUUUCUAUUGCUUCCAAAAUCAAUUUUUUUUACAAUGGUGGGGGACUAGUAAAAUGGAGACGCGGUGCUUCAAAACAGCGCCCCCUGUCAGUCAUCUAGUGUAGCCUAGAUAUAAAUAAAGGCCUACAUCAGCCAGCUGCUUCUUUUCCAAUGUAGGCUACUGUUAGUCAUGGUACAGUAAAUAAAUGUUAUUUUUUCAAGACUCAGUAGGCCAAAUUCAUCCAUGCCAAAGUCAUACUAUGAAUUAUAAAGUAUUAUCUAGCCCACUGUGUUGUUUUGUCUUAGUCUAGACAAUAUUCACAAUUGUCUGUCUGGUUAGGUAAACUGUUAUGGCCUUUCAAAUGCAUCUAGGCUUGUUUUACAUUAUCCAAUUUUUAGGACAUAUUUUUGUAGGUAACCUUAAUUUGACUGAAACGACAUAGUCAUUUGAUACACAGCAGGUGUUCAGAAAUGUUGUUAACCCCCCGGCCCCUCUGAAGGAAGUUACUGUUACUUCUUGUUCUGUUUUGUUUUUCACUGUCUCCCUGAGAGAAUAUAAGACCCUAUGCCUGCUCCCUAACAAAGUGGAGUGGGGGUAGGAAAGCGAUGAAACGUGAAUUUAAAAUGCAUGGACUUGGGCUCUGUUUCAAAAUAUCACUUUUUUAUAUGACAGCGGUUCCACACAAAUAUUAUUUAUUUUAUUCUGUUAUGUUCCAUAAUAUUCUUAAUAUAAAAUAUGUGUGUUGAUUGGGUAAGUGUGUCUUGUCUGUUUAAUUAACAAAAUAACAAAGUAUUGAUUUUAUUUGGAUGGCUGCACAGACCUGUAACACCUAAUUCAACUCAAAAUAUGCUAUUCUAUUCUUUUGAAAAUACAGUUUAUUAGUCUUAUAAUAUUUCUUAGGACCUGCUUAAACAAAUUAAUAAUGGAUUUAUUUUUGAUGGUGUAUAUUCAAUGGAUUUAUUAAAAUAAACGCCCAACCACAUCUGCACACCACUACUACCACUCGUCACCAGCAUGCUGGCAUGGGCACAGGAGUUAUAAAAGGCGUAUCAGAAUGGAUUUUAAAUGGGCCUGUUUGUAAGGGGGUCAUGUAAACAUUGCCCUAUUUUUAUUUAUUUUUAAAGAGGGAGCAAGAUAAGUGUUUUCAGUGACAUCGGUGUGCAUUGUGUGAUUUUAACCAAUUGUGUGUAGGACUUGACUACUAAUUGCCUACUAAUUGGUUGAUGUCAUUGGAAAGACUUAUCUUCCUCUAUCUUUUUUAAUACAAAACAUAGAAAUGUGCCAUUUUCACAUAUGUUGAUGUUGGGGUGGUGCUGGAGAUGAUUAAUAUGAAGUUGAAAAAUUGUUACAUUUCCCUUUAAGGCGGCCCUGACCCUGACUGAGUCUGAGACACACCAGAGAAGACAGGAUGUCAGUCAUUCAGUAGCAACGCCCUAUUCUUAGACCGCUGCACCUACUCAUGCCACCAGGCGACUGCAAUGAUAAUCUAACUGCUUACUUCAGGCCUACCAGAGAUCAGAAAAACAGAGAUAACUGGCAACAGACAAUAGGUCUAGGUGAACUUGCAUAAGGGAAAAUGUAUUGCAGCAAAGGGGAAAAUGCAUGCUAGCCAUCAGUGACGAAUACAAAAGUGUCACCUUGGAAAGAGCUCAGACAGGGCAAAGAUAUUACAAGAGGAUUAAGCAGAAUAAAUGUGUCUGUAGAGUCAAUACAAGUUUAUAAAUUAUUAGACAUUCAGAGGGAAUAGUUCAAAGAUGUCAAAGAAGAAGGGGCAUCACAAGAUGGCCAUGCAACAAUUCCGUCUUUGAUGGGACUAUACUUAGCCUUCUUUGUAUGUUUAAUCCACACUCCUCUCAUCUCUGAGCUGUACUCCCUAGCUGCCAGCUGAAAUGCUAAUCACCAGUCCGGGGUCACACUCUCAAUCCAUUUAACUAAUCAUCCGCAGCCUGGGCCCUACAGACUUCAUGGACACACACACACACACAGAGGCGGGCACAUGGCCUCACACACACACACACACAGGCGCGCACACAGCCACAUACACAAUGCCUAAACUGUAAAGUUUGUCAGAAGAAGAAAAAACACUGUCUGAUAAACAGGUGGCUCUAGUGGUAGUUUUGUCUCUUCCGUUUGUUGGGGGUAUGAUACCAAGAAAUAUUACACGCUAAGGAAUGUCAGGUGGACCACAAUUCAUGCCCCAGAACAGCAUUUCAUAGAGGAUGUGAAAGGGUUAAAUAAUUUGUUAUCUGCAUUAUCUGCACACAUUUUCUACAUCUAUCUACAACAAAUGACUACAAAGCAAACACAUGUUAAUGUCUGGUUUGGACAUGUGUUAAAAUUAAUGUUACAGACUUCAUGUGUAUAAUUUUUUUUAGAAAGUGAUUAAAUCCAAGUAGUUCAUCCUAUUUUUCACUCCUCUUCCUUGAAUUGGCUAGCGAACCAUAGAGACAUGUCUUUUAGGCUGUACUACCUGAUCAGUGGGGAAGGCACACGGACCACUUCACUAUUUGUAUGUUGGUAUACUGUAUUUUCCAGUGUGAAAAAUGACUCUCAUUUCCCCCCUGCACUACUUGAACAGAAAGGUUAACCGUGCAUAAUGUAGUCAGCUGGAAACCAGACAAGGUGACCACACUUUGAGCUAUUGUGCAUAGCUGCAAAUGUAUAUUCUAAUAUACUGCGUCCAUCUCUGUCAUAGUCUGGUAUAUCAAUAUAUUUUUUAUGACCCAUUCAUAUUUUUAACAUGCUUUUAUCUCCAAAUCUCAAUGAACACAUCAAAACCCCAGUCGCUGUGGGUCACAACUUAAUUCAGAUCACAACCAGACACUGUUGAUAACUUGAUAUCCUCUCUUUCUUUCCCCCCAUCCUCCUCCUCCCCCGGCCAGUCGUCUGUCUGCGGUAAGAUCAUGGAGCUGCUUGGCCAGAACAAGAUUGACCAUCACCAGCGCCAGGUGGCCAUUCUCAGCCAAGACAGCUUUUACAGGGUCCUCACCCCGGACCAGAAGGCCAAGGCACUGAAGGGACAGUUCAACUUCGACCACCCAGGUAUUUAGCUCAUCUAUUUAUUUAUUUAUCUAUACAUCAGGAUACAUUACAGUGUGUCAGUUGUUAAAUAGUUACUAUUUUUUUCAAUAUAUGGAAUAUUUUACCAACUAGCAAAUGUAGCUUUAUCUCUUGGUUUCCAGUGUAAAAUACUACUCUACUCUCACUUCCCCUUGCUCUUCUCAUUGAAGACAAAUGAUUGCAUGAUUUUGUUUCUACUCAAAUGAGUUUCAUAAUGUGGAAUACUAAUGUUUGGCUUUCCCCUCUAGUUCUUAGAAGUAGAAUGACCAUAAUUCCAGGGGAGAACCAAAGGUUUCUAAAUGUCCUGCCUUGGGUCCCCUUAUGGCCAAUGAUAGACUGCUGUGUUGAAAGUCUGUCUCAGAGUAGAUACUCAGCAGAAGAGUUUCUCACUCUGACAGAAUGUGGAGCAGAGCAGUCUGUCUCAGACAGUGUGGUUGGGCCCAGGCCCUGGUCAAAAGUAGUGCACUAAAUAGGGAAUAGGGUGCUAUUUCCGACGCAACCUAUGUCUUAGUCAUUGCAGUCUGGCUUUGUGUUUGGCUGGCUGUGAUAUAUCUUAGUCAGUCUGGGCUGGCUCUGAUUCUGGAAUCUAUUGUAAGGGUUGGCUGGUCAGCAUGCAUCUGCCAGCCAUAUCAGCAUAUAUUCUAUCCCACAUGUAAUCUCCUUGUGGGGAUUAGAUCUUGAUCCUAUGGCCUGGCAGACAUGGAGACAGACACACCAUGGUUCUGAGUUCUUUUGUCCUAUCUCUUCCUCUUCUCAGAUGCAUUUGACAACGAGCUCAUCGUCAAAACGUUGUGGGACAUCUUAGAGAGCAAAACGGUGCAAAUCCCGGUGUAUGACUUUGUCACCCAUUCCAGGUUAGUAGUCAGGACACACACACACCACACACCACACACACACACACCUCAUACACAUUGUCCUCUCCCUGGUGGGUGUGUGUAUCAGGAAGGAGGAGGUGGUGAUGGUGUACCCAGCAGACGUGGUGCUGUUCGAGGGCAUCCUGAUGUUCUACUCCCAGGAGAUCAGGGACCUGUUCCAGAUGAAGCUGUUUGUGGACACAGACGCAGACACACGGCUCUCACGCAGAGGUGAAACAAUAGACAUAUACAUUUACCAUUUCAUUGGGUGAAACACAUCAAACAUGACACUUGUGAAUUGUAAAAAGACAGCAGUGGGCUUCCAAUAUAGGGCUUGGAGGACAUUAAUGAUUUUGAUUUAUUACGAUCUCCAUUAGCCGACGCCAAUGGCGACAGCUAGUCUUACUGGGGUCCUACAUAUAUAACGAAAAAUAAAUUACAGACAAAAGAUGUAGACGUCUACUAGCUUCAUAAGAAUCCCGGAAAAAUCCUACUGACAGCUCCACUCCUGUUCUGUGUUCCCUCCCCAGUGCUCAGAGACAUCGGCGAGCGAGGUAGGGAUCUGGAGCAGGUGCUAACGCAAUACAUCACCUUUGUCAAGCCUGCCUUUGAGGAGUUCUGUCUGCCAGUGAGUACCUAGCUAUGAUACUGCCACAACGCAUAUUUUAACAACCUUGGAUCAAUCUAUUUGUGUCAUCGUUAGUUGUUGCUGACCUCCUCUUGAAAGGUAUUGAACCCCCUGGCCCUGGUUCAGAUCGUAUUGCUAAUCAUGUUUAUUUCUUCACCCCCUGUAGACCAAGAAGUGUGCUGAUGUGAUCAUUCCCAGAGGAGCAGAUAAUCUUGGUGAGUUUCUGACUGUUUGUUUCUCAAGAUGGCUGCCUUAUGUAUGCAAGCAAGCAAGUAUGCUGGUAUGUGACAAAUACUACUGACUCAUUCUUGGAACAUGGCUCCCCAUAGUCCGUCAUUUACGUUGUUAAUCAAUGCAGUCUCUUACCCUGCGAUAGUAAACUUACUAAAGGCUGAUGUGACUGUAAGUGAUGGCUCUUUUGUUUAUUUUACUGUUUUGAGAUGGAUAGAUGGUGUGAUUGGUGAGACCUAGACAUGGGAAUCAGACUAGAUUGACUGUUUUGUCCUGGGAAUGUUUGACUGUCUCUGUUUUGGAAUUGAAAGGACAAUUGUAGAUUUCUCACUUGUUUGCAGGCCCUAUUAGUCAAAUUGUUAUGCUUUUAAAUCCUGGAACGUGUUCUUCUUUCAUUUUAUCUGAAUAAGAGAGGAAUGGAACACCUUGUGAUAUUAUCUUUCAAUGCCCUCUGAAUGCUUUCUUCCCUCUCCUUACAGUUGCCAUAAACCUUAUAGUUCAGCACAUCCAGGACAUUCUGAACGGUGGUCUGACCAAACGCCUGAACAGCAGCCUUAACGGUUACGGAACUCCCCGUAAACGGCAGGUGUCUGAGUCCAGCAGUCGGCCCCACUGACUGCACAGUCCCUCUCUCAGCGCCAGGGAGCGAGGGAUCGAUGGUAGAGGAGCUGAGGCCUCACCUGUACAUACCUACCUAC